AUUUUGGUGGUGGCACAAGAUGAAAUUUUAAGUUUUUUCUCAGAAUGGUAUUCAUUUUUAUAUUGAAUUUGGCUAUUUGAUUAGAAUUCCACCAAGCAAACCAUUGCAUCUCUUUUUCUGGGUUAUUUUGAGUUGUUUUCCCUUUCUGUGUAUAGACCUGGUCUGUGGUUUGUGUGGCUGUUAACACCUGGGAAUUAACACCUAGCACCUGAGUUAGAUCUUGGGCUCUGCCCAAUAUUAUCUCUUAAGGGUUAGAGUUUUAAAAUGUUUCCUUUCUGCGUGUUGAGUGAGUCUGUGUGUACGCCAUGUGGUGGUCAGCAAAAAGUAGGGUAAUGGGGAUACCAGGAGGGGUUUCUUGUUUUCAGGCCAGAGGGUAAUGCUUGGUAUCAUUAGAAGUGGAGAGCUUCGCUUUCCGUGCUAUCUGCAGAGGGGUCCAUACGGUGUUGUUCUGGAUUCCUGUCGUAACUUAAAGGGAAACUUUCACAAUGUCCAGAGCCCUUGAUGUCCUGCAAAUGAAGGAGGAGGAUGUCCUUAAGUUCCUUGCAGCAGGAACCCACUUAGGUGGCACCAAUCUUGACUUCCAGAUGGAACAGUACAUCUAUAAAAGGAAAAGUGAUGGCAUCUAUAUCAUAAAUCUGAAGAGGACGUGGGAGAAGCUUCUGCUGGCAGCUCGUGCUAUUGUUGCCAUUGAAAACCCUGCUUAUGUCAGUGUUAUAUCCUCCAGGAAUACUGGCCAGAGGGCUGUGCUGAAGUUUGCUGCUGCCACUGGAGCCACUCCAAUUGCUGGCCGCUUCACUCCUGGAACCUUCACUAACCAGAUCCAGGCAGCCUUCCGGGAGCCACGGCUUCUUGUGGUUACUGACCCCAGGGCUGACCACCAGCCUCUCACGGAGGCAUCUUAUGUUAACCCGCCUACCAUUGCGCUGUGUAACACAGAUUCUCCUCUGCGCUAUGUGGACAUUGCCAUCCCAUGCAACAACAAGGGAGCUCACUCGGUGGGUCUGAUGUGGUGGAUGCUGGCUCGGGAAGUUCUGCGCAUGCGUGGCACCAUUUCCCGUGAACACUCAUGGGAGGUCAUGCCUGAUCUGUACUUCUACAGAGAUCCUGAAGAGAUUGAAAAAGAAGAGCAGGCUGCUGCUGAAAAGGCAGUGACCAAGGAGGAAUUUCAGGGUGAAUGGACUGCUCCAGCUCCUCAGUUCACUGCUACUCAGCCUGAGGUUGCAGACUGGUCUGAAGGUGUACAGGUGCCCUCUGUGCCUAUUCAGCAGUUCCCUACUGAAGACUGGAGCGCUCAGCCUGCCACGGAAGACUGGUCUGCAGCUCCCACUGCUCAGGCCGCUGAAUGGGUAGGAGCAACCACUGACUGGUCUUAAGCUGUUCUUGCAUAGGCUCUUAAGCAACAUGGAAAAAUGGUUGAUGGAAAAUAAACAUCAG